AUGCCGCCGUCGGGAGAUCCGUAUGUCGAUGUACCGCUCAAUCUCGGAAGAAAGAACAUUAGGCUGGUGACCAUAGAGCCCAGCCACGCGUCAGGGCCCAUGAAAUGCAUUCUGCAGAGCCACGCGCUGGACGAGUGUCCAGCAUACGUCGCUCUUUCAUACGCUUGGGGCACUAAACAGCAAUAUGACAAGAUCCGGAUCAAUGGCUCGUCUUUUCCAGUCGGUCGCAAUCUGUGGCACUUCCUCCACCAAAUGCGUACGCAGCAUCAGCACGUCUCCUUCUGGAUCGACGCCAUCAGUAUCGAUCAGGCGAACGUCUUCGAGCAGAAUCACCAAGUGCAGAUGAUGAGGGAGAUCUAUACACAAGCUUACUCCGUGUUCUGGACUGCACGCAAAGCAAAAGCUGUACUAGAGCUGUGUGAGAGGGGAUACUGGAGAAGAAUCUGGAUCGUGCAGGAAGUCUUACUGGCGAAGCACGUACAGAUCUUAUGCGGCGGCUACUGCGUAGGAUGGACCAAAUUACAGCAGCUAUUAGAAGAUUUCCAAGCUAUCUCGGAUAGAGGCCGAUCUCUUCACGUAGUCGGCGUACCAGCCGUUCUCGAGAGCUCAGCUGCGAUCAUUAUCAGGGCGAAAGCGCAAUGGAAUGGCGUGCCUCAACCGUUCACAUCACUACUCGAACAGUAUCGUAGACAACACUCGACCGAUGUCAGAGAUAAGGUGUACGCCCUCCAUGGACUGGCAAGCGAUAGCGGUAUGAUACCCAUCAACUACCGGAUCGAUCCAAAGCAACUCCUAACGCAGAUGAUCUGCCAUGUAUGCUCGCCACUAGCGCCUACGAUAGUAAUGGAGAUCGCGAGAUCAAGCACGGGUCUACUUGGUUUUGCAAAGUUGAUGCAAGAAUCACUUAAGGUCUUUUGCGAUCGGGAAGAGCUGGGUCGUCUUAUCGCAGUGGCUGAG